UUUUACUCAAAGCUUGUCGCACAAUGUAAAAAAAAGUGAGCGGUAAAAUAUUUUUAUUUUUAUUAUGACCGGUGAAAACGACUCAGCCCCAAACAAAUCGUCACGAGCCAAAGGUCAGCCAAUCAGAUGAGCGGAAGUUUAAUGUUGCGGUAAUCCGGUUCAGACGUGACAAGUGCGGCCGACUGAACCUAAAACUCAACGCUAAUAUUUCUGCCCCGUAGGCUGUAAAAAAAAAAAGCCCUCCAUUGUUCGCCUGCUGCUCCUCCCGACCGACCCGGACGCGUGUGGGUGAUGUCCCCGUGGACCGGUAUGUUGCCUCGGCGAGGAGCUUCGGCCCAGCGGGGGAUAGUGUUCCUUUGUAAGCUAACGUUAACUAGUUGUUGGACCCGUCGGUGGGUAACCUUAGGUAAUGCUGCGCGGGGCUGGAUGAGCAGCGAGGAGUAGGUCGUGGUCCUCCCUAAAAAAAAAAAGGGCCAAGGACGAGCCUUUCCACUGAGCCCCGGGGGGACCGGGACACCCCAGGUGAGAGCGAGGAGAGCCUCCCGACGCUUCUGGUGGUACACCGGGCUGCUGGAGACAGUUAGCCCGCCACGCGCUGCCCCCACCAAUUCCUGUUGAGUGAGACCCGGCCAGCCUUCACGGUGGAAACGAGAAGAAGAGCAAAGAUGAACGCCGUGCGGGGGGGCGCGGUCACCUGGCGUCCCCAGCCGUGGCAGGACGGGGAGGGGGGAGGAGGGGAGCCUCUGUCGGACAGCGACUCGGAGGAGGAGGACUUCCCCGACGACAGCACCACGCCGCUGGGAGACUACAUCACGCACGGGUUGAAGCAGCUCCUGGAUGCUCAGCAGCUGUGUGAUGUGACUCUACUUGUGGAGGGAAAGAAGUUCAUGUGUCACAGAGUCCUCCUGGCAGCAGUGAGCCCCUACUUCCGGGCCAUGUUCACCAGCCCUCUGGUAGAGUCCCGCCUUACCGAGAUCCGACUGGAGGAGGUGACGCCGUCCGUCAUGGAGACCGUCAUCCAGUUUGUGUACACCGGGGAGGCGGGGCUCUCCCUGGACACGGCCGAGGAUCUGUUUGUGGCCGCCAACCGGCUUCAGGUCAUGCCCCUCCAAGACCUGUGCUCCAGGUUUCUAUUCGAGCACCUCUCGGUGGAGAACUGCCUCGGGAUGUACUCUCUGGCCCGCUCCCACCACGACCAGCUGCUGCUGCGGGCGUCUUUGCGGCUGGUGGCCCAGCACUUCCCCCGGGUGGCCCGGCAGAAAGACUUCCUCCUGCUCGACCACGGCACCCUGGGCAGCCUCCUGAGCUCCGACCGCCUGGGGGUGGACUCCGAGGCAGAGGUUUACGACGCGGCGCGGCGCUGGGCGGAGCAUCAGCCCCUGCAUCGCUACGCCCACAUGCCGGCGCUGCUCCACCACCUGCGGCCGGGGCUGCUGUCCCAGGAGGAGAGCCGACGGCUCUGCCAGGAGUUGGGGCCCGCCGCGGCCGGGGAGGGCCUCGGCGGGCCCCUGAGGCCGCGGGAGGGCAUGUUCGAGAAGAAGAUCGUCUGCGUGGAUCUGACGCCCCGGGAGGAGGAUAAUUUGGCGGCGAGGGACUACACGGUGGACUGCUUCGACCCCCGGACCGGGAAGUGGGAGAAGUUGGCGGCGCUGGGCUCGCUGGUCAGCCCCGGCUGCACGGCCGUCGGCGACCGGCUGUUUGUGGCCGGCGGCAUCCUGCGGACGGGCUCCGUGUCGGCGGCCGUGCACGAAUACGACGCGGUGUCGGACCGCUGGAUGGAGCGGCCCUCCAUGGUGCAGCCGCGGGCCAUGCUGGGCCUGCUGGGCUGCGGGGAGUCGGUCUUCGCCCUGGGGGGCAGCAACCGCUCGGCUCUGCUGGACUCCACUGAGACGCUGGAGCUGGCCACGCUGCGGUGGGCUCCGGGGCCUCGCUUGCCGCUGCCCCUGCGCGCCUUCGCCUGCGCGGCGCUGCGCGGGCGGCUCUACCUUCUGGGGGGAACCACGCUCGAACAGAACCGCGCCGUGGUCCACUCGGGGGUGCUCAUUUAUCACACCCUGACGGACUGCUGGACGCGAGUGGCCCUGGACUCGGGCGCCACCUGUCUGGCCGGAGGGGUAGCGGUGCGAGGAGGCGUGUGCGCCAUCGGGGGAUACCUGAGAGACACGACCAAGUUCCUGGACGGAAACUACACCAAUCUGGAGACUUUGGACGCCACCGGGCGCGUGCAGUUCUUCCGAGAGGGGAGGGGGUCCGGGGUGGAGCGGGAGGUGACCGGCGGCGGGGUGAUGGUCACCGCCGACCAACGCGGCGGGGCGGGCGGCGGGAGCGACCGGGCGCCGAGCCCCGUGCUGUUCCCCGGGCUGCCGCGGCGGAUCGCGGCGGGCGGCGUGGCCAGGUGGAAACGCAGGAUCUACGUGCUGGGCGGGGAAAACGGCUCGCGGUUCUACGACAGCGUGUACUGCUGGAAGCCCGGCUGGCGCAGCUGGGUCCAGAGGCGCGAGAAACUCCCGGGGGACACCGGCGGGGUGAGCCAGUUUGGGUGCACCACUUUGAAGUUCCCCAAGAAACACAUCCUGUCCAGACUGAGACUAGCCAAAGAGAACUGCAAGAAGGCGGCCGACUAGGCUCACGGGGGUCCAGGCCGCCGUCGGUGUGACGCGGGGGGGACGUGGACGAGGUCCAGCCUUAGCUCGAGUUGGCUCGGGCCAGGAAGUGACCGCUUUGUGCCAUGUGAGAGCGGCCCAGAGGACGACGGGCUGGAUGCAGAACGUAGACGACGCGUCACGUGAAGCCUGAUGUGCAGGCGAAGAAAGAGCCGGAAACUGGUUAGAAAUCAGGAAACACGCACCUGAAUGUGACCCAAUCCACCAAUUAACAGUAGAGUCCUUUUGAGAGAGGAAAUAGCCUUUUUAGGUCAUUGUUUUCUUAAAGUGUGAUAUUAUUUUUAGCUCUUUUGCUGGCGUAUUCUUUCUUUUUUUUUUUUUUUUAACCUCUUACGAUGCUGUGAAUCCUUCAGCAGCGUUUAGCUUGGACACGAGGACACCGACACGUCUCUGACCAUGGCGUGUUCCACUUCGUUCACCUCCCGCGUGGGUCCCCUCCUGUCCGACGCGGACCUGCGAAGCCUUUUCCACGCAGCUCUUAAGGGCUCCAGAAAUACACCGAGAAGACGGCGUGGUCGCUCUCUGUCCUGCGUUAUUCUGUCGUGCCUCGAAGGAGUGGAACACGGCAGUGGCUGGAAUGUGCAGAGGUAGCUUGGAGGCCUGUCCCAAGGCUGUGCUGCAAAUAACAAAGCUGCCCCACAGCCUCCUCGUGUCCAAACUACCGCUCCUGAACCUUCAAGCCGGGCCGAAGGCCGUCUUUACUUGAUCCAGCAGCCGCGUCCAAGUGGGAAUUUUUUUUGUCUUGAGUUGCUGCGGGACGCGUGAAUGUGUUCUGGGUGGCGGUUAGCGAUUAUCUGAACACGGAAGCACUGCACCUAAUUUAUUAAAAUAAUGUUUGCCUUGACUGCAGGAUGUCAUAAUGAGCUUAGGGGUGAAUUUUUAUGUGUUUUUUUUAAGUAAAUUGCAGUUUUUAAAUUCUGAUUUUCUAAAAGGUUGCCAACAAAUGUAAGCACAUUGUUUUGCUGUGGGUUCUCUCUCUAUCUUAUUUAUUUAUUCACUGAAAAUGUCUGAAUUCUCAGCGUGUUGUCAUCAGAUUGCAAAACUACCGAAGAGGGCCGGAAGCUUUGUGGACAUUCUGGCUUCCGUAGAGGCUCCAACUCGUGAAACACAAAUAAAAUGAAUUGGUUCCAAUUGCUAACAUGUUGUAGGCAAUUUCUUAUGUUGAUUUGGUAUUAUCUCACAAUGUUAAGUAUCAAAAGUGUUCAUUAAUACCAGACAUGAAUUGGUGGACAUUAAUACGGUUUAGAAACUGAAUACGUUCUGGACGACUGCCUGGUUUCCAUGGCAACCAUUUUGAGAAUUUGGUACCAACUGUUUUUUUUUUAACAUAUUAGAAAUGAGAAGCUGUUGGGCUGGAUGUUAAAUUAUGCUGCAAAGUAUGUAGAACAUGUACACAACGUGUACUUGUAUAAACAUUAACAACGUAAUAAUCACUCAAAGUCUCGUUCGUUCUUUGAAAAGUUAAAGUCCAGCCCGUCGUCAUCUUUUUUUUUUUUUUCCACAAACACGCUCUAUGACAUUUGACCUUGACAUGUGACCUGAGGUGACUGGGGAAGCUGUUCCACUCCUUUUUUGUACAGCUUGAUCAAGUCUGUAAGCUGAAAGGCAAAGAAAAUGCUGUUUUGAUGAAAACGACGCUGUCGGAUGAUUAAAGGACUGUUUGGUUAAAUGUUUUUCCACCUUUUUUUUGUUGCUUGCGAACAACAAUAAGACGCAUGUAUUAGGAAAAGCACACCGCUGACACCCUGUUUUUCAAGCUUUUGGUGUUAAUAAUUACUCUUAUUUGUAUUAUUAAAACUGCUGAGCCGGUAGACUGGUUUUUUUU